AUGACUUCAUCGUUACCUUCGAGCGGGCUUCGGACCAUCACACUGGAGGAAGCGGAGGGCAUGGACGCCACAGAGCGCAUGGACGGAGCGGAGGGCAUGGACGGCGGAGACAUCAUUGACGAUGACUUUUGGAAGAUCACAGAGCGCAUGAAGGCUCUCGCGUCACCGCCAAUGGCAAGACAAUCGUCGUUCUGUGCAGAGCACCGUGAGAGAAGGUGGUUUUCCGACAGGCCGCAGGCGGUAUCCCCCGGACUGCCUACUCCUCCUCUAGGUCCCAUUCGAAAGGAAGACGAAUGGGUGCCCAGAAACGUCGGAAAGGUGAUUAGGAUCAUCAAUCCCAAGUCUCUGGUCGAGUGCAAAGAACGAGUGGGCAUCGUCGCCUCCGAAAUUGAAUGUCUCUGUAGCUGGAAUAUCGCUACUCGACCCAGUCCAGCCAUAGUUGUCCCUGGCGACGUAAGGAGGCCAGUUCCUCGAGGCCGGCCGCUCGCAGAUGCCAGCGAUAGCGACCCCUCGUCUAAGUCGCUGUCCAGGGACGGGCCCGAGUCCAAGAAAGACCGGUGGAACACCUGGAUGGAUACUUUUGUCGCUUUGUUAGCCAUGAAACCGGAUCUCACACUCAACAAUGUGGACAUCAUGGCUGAUGCUAAUGCCCUUGUUUAUCUGUUCGGGAUUGCCCAGAGCAACGUUGGAGCACUUUUCGCUUUUCCUAGGAAACAAGCGUUCGCUUUUGACUUGUCACUGUUUAAUGACACCCUGGUAAUCCAACAACGAGGAGAUCCAAUCUCGCCCCCCGUGGGCGGUGGUAGGUGGGAUCAUUACGAAACAGCGACCACCCCAAUUCUCGGGACCCAUGACAGUUCUCAUCACAGCCAAUUGCUGCGCUACAACAUAGGGCCGCUAUCUUGCAUAGUGCGAGUAGUUGUCAAUGGCUCCGUGCAAGGUUUGCCGACCUCGAACCGUUCUCCCGAACCGCGACAGACCUUGACACUCCACGGCGUGGAGGUCAUCCCCGCCGGGCACGGCGUCUCACCGGCCAGUACGUUCAAGGUCCGAAUUCGCAAUCGCCCGGACAAUGAUACAUUGUGGAAGAGAGAACAUGAACGCCUGAAGAGAAUGGACAUGCGUGGGUGGCUCGCAGGCCAGACCAGGGUCGGCCUUGUCGACAUGCGCCCUGCGCUUCCGGGUGCCCCAGAGGGACCGGCAGGCUCAUGGACUAAUGCUCAAAGGCUCAUGGUGAUUGAAAUGGGGGACAGAAUCACGAGAUUCGAGAAGGAGAGACAGAGCACCCUACGUCGGUUCGCGACUCUCUUGGAAACGUUGCGGGAUACGGUCCAGGCACACGGCGGACCCUGUGUUGCUGUUCACUAUCGGACAGAGAAAAAGACUGGCAAUGGAAGAAAAAAUACCCUGCUACAUAUAUACAGCGCCGGCCCAGAGGAACUCCCUGUGCUCUUAGAGUGGCAAAAAGAGCAAUUUUGGUCCUAG